AGCGACACUAGCGACUAUUAUUUUUACUCUUCCUCACACAAUUUAGGGUUUUUAAUUUCACUCCAUCGCUGGAGCUGGGAUUCGCGACGCACGCGCCGAUCUUCGGGUAAAUCUCUAGAUCUAGGGCCGGAUCUCAAGCUGGAGGGAGCUAGCUAUGGUAAUAUGGAGCAACAGAGAAUGGAGGAGGCCGCCGCGACGAUUGUGGCCCAGGAUGGAUCAGAGAUUAUCGACAGCGGUGACAGCAGCGACGAGGAAAGGCUUAUAGAAAUGGAAGCGCUCAAGAGCGACGCAGAAAUCCCGAAAUCCAGUCUUUGGAGCUUGGGGGAUAGCUCUCUCGUAAGCCUCGCCUUGUGGUCGAUGGUAGCUGGAGGGAUCCAGUUUGGAUGGGCUCUCCAAUUAUCUCUCCUCACGCCUUACGUUCAGACACUGGGAAUUGGACACUCCUCUUCAUCCUUCAUAUGGCUGUGUGGCCCUGUCACCGGGUUGAUCGUCCAGCCAUGCGUUGGUAUCUGGAGCGAUAGGUGUAGAUCGAAAUGGGGACGCAGAAGGCCUUUCAUUUUUGUGGGAGCCCUGCUGGUUUGCGUUGCCGUAGUUUUUAUAGGAUUUGCGGCGGACUUUGGUUAUUUGUUGGGGGAUCCGCAUGUUGAUUGUAAGUCACCGAAGAUAGUAACGCGGCCAUGGGCCGUGGGAAUUUUUGUACUCGGAUUUUGGAUGCUGGAUGUAGCUAAUAACACUGUACAGGCGCCUGCUCGAGCUCUAUUAGCGGACUUAGCAGGUCCGACUCAGAGGAAUUCUGCUAAUGCCACCUUCUGCUCAUGGAUUGCUUUGGGUAACAUUUUGGGCUUUGCUACUGGAGCGGGUGGACACUGGCAUAGGUGGUUUCCCUUCUUGAAGAGUAAGGCAUGCUGUGAAGCGUGCGGAAAUCUCAAGGCUGCUUAUCUUUUAGCUGUGAUAUUCUUGGCGUUUUGUACAGCAAUGACAUUGUGGUUCUCACAUGAAAUUCCGCUUUUGCCGAAAGAGGAAAGGAAAGAAGACUAUGCACCUAUAUCUCGUGAAGAUCGUAGCGGGAAAGAGCUUGAACUGACCGUUAUUAAUGGUUCUCGAGCUGAUGACGGAUUAUCGAAUGGCCAUCACAACAUAAAUGGCAAUCACGAUAAAAAUGCUGCGAAGGAAGAAAAAGUCGACGUAGUUGCGGGACCUGGAGCGGUUCUGGUGAAUCUCUUGGUGGGCAUGAGACAACUUCCAGAGGCAAUGAAGAGCGUUUUGCUCGUCAUGACGUUAUCUUGGCUAUCCUGGUUUCCUUUCUUCCUCUUUGAUACGGAUUGGAUGGGCCGAGAAGUUUACAACGGUGAUCCUUCUGGUGGUAUUGACAAGGCGAAGAGCUAUCAGAAAGGAGUUCAAGCCGGUGCCUUUGGAUUGUUAUUAAAUUCGGUUGUGUUGGGUGUCUCUUCGUUUCUCAUUGAUCCUUUGUGUCGCUGGGUCGGGUCGAAAACGCUAUGGGCUACAAGCAACUUCAUCGUUUUCAUCUGUAUGGCCUCUACAGCAAUUAUCAGCGCGUCGGCAUACCACCAUUUCCAAGACUUCCAUUCGAUAAAGAAUGGAGCUCUUGUGCUUUUUGCGGUUCUGGGAUUUCCUCUUGCGGUAACUUACAGCGUACCAUUUUCCAUCACUGCUGAGUUGACGGCCGAUACAGGGGGUGGUCAAGGCCUGGCGAUGGGAAUUUUGAAUCUCUCCGUUGUUAUCCCGCAGCUGGUAGUUGCCUUGGGAGCCGGGCCCUGGGACGCGGUUUUUGGAGGUGGCAACGAGCCAGCGUUCGUUCUGGCAGCCUUGUUCGCGCUGGUCGCUGGGAUAAUCGCCAUAGCCUGGCUGCCCCAGCUCUCCAGAGAAGGCUACCAUCGCACAGAGCUACACGGCCUUGGAUAAGCAUUUGACUUUUCUUUUUCUUUCUUCGUUUUGACUUCCAUUCGCUUGGGAAGCUCACCAAAGCUUGCUUCUGUGUCUGUGUUUAUCGCAGCAGGAGCAAAGUGUACAUAGCAGAAGAGAAUAAAAUCAAAAGCCAAGGCGAUAUAGGGUUCUCUCUGGCCUCGUCUUACCAAUAGUAGGGAAAGAAGAAGGUAUGCCCGUGCUAACAAUCCAUACCAAUGUGGUGCUCUUGGAUGGAAGUUUGAUGUCCUCGGUUGUGAGCAAGCUUAGUCACGAAGUCGCUAAAACUACAGGCAAGCCCGAGUCUUACGUGAUGGUGCUUCUUCAUGGUGGUGUCACUCUAGCGUUUCAAGGGUGCCACGAGAGCGCUGCUGCGUAUGGAGAAUUGGUCUCGAUUGGUGGGCUCUCUCCGGGAGUUAACCAGGAUUUGUGCAAAGCCAUAGCUCGGGUUUUGGAGGAGGAGCUAAAGGUGCCACCGUCGAGGUGCUACAUCAAGUUUUACCAAGAACAGGCCCAGUCCGAGCAAGCUUCCUGUCUACACGCACUCCACCAGUAAAAAAGAGAGAGAUCCAAUCUUUUGAUCA